AUGGAUCAGAGGACCAAGCUUUUAAUUUAUGGGGCUGCAGCACAUAUGUUACUUUCAAUGAUGGCCAUGAUUAUUGAGUCUAGAAAAAGAAAUAGGGGUGCAUCGAGAGAAAGAAUUAGCUAUGGUCCAAUAGAUGAAAGGGAUAGGAUGAGAUUUGAGUAUCUAAACAAUAAAAUAUGGAAGAAUGAUGUAACUUGUGUAAACAUGCUUAGGCUUAAUAAGGCAUCAUUUUUUCGUUUUUGUAAGCUUUUUAGGGAUCGUGGCUUGUUGCAAGAUACUAUACAUAUGUGUGUUGAGCAGCAAGUUGCUAUGUUUUUGAACACAGUGGGACACAACCUUAGGAAUAGAUUAGUUGGCACCAAUUAUAAUAGAUCUGGUGAAACAGUUAGUCGUUAUUUCAAGAAAGUACUUCACGCGGUUGGUGAGCUACGAAAUGAGCUUAUUACGCCACCUUCAUCAACGACUCCAAGUAAAAUUGCAGGGAACCCAAGGUGGGAUCCUUACUUUAAGGAUUGUAUUGGGGCUAUUGAUGGCACGCAUGUACGAGCCUCUGUUACUAAGGAUAUGGAGCCUUCCUUUCGUGGUAGGAAGUCUCAUGCUACUCAAAAUGUAAUGGCAGCCGUAGAUUUUGAUCUUCGGUUCACAUAUGUUUUGGCUGGUUGGGAGGGGACAGCCCAUGAUGCUCUAGUUUUACGGGAUGCUUUAGAACGUGAAAAUGGUCUUCGUGUCCCACAAGGCAAGUUCUACCUAGUUGAUGCUGGAUACGGAGCCAAACCGGGAUUCUUACCCCCUUUUCGUGGUGUGAGGUAUCACUUGAAUGAGUGGGGAAACAAUCCUGUACAAAAUGAGAAGGAGUUGUUCAACCUGAGGCACUCAUCUCUUCGUGUGACAAUAGAGCGUGCAUUUGGAUCACUUAAGAGGAGGUUCAAAAUUCUUGAUGAUGCCACUCCCUUCUUUCCAUUUCCAACUCAAGUGGACAUUGUGGUUGCAUGUUGUAUUAUUCACAAUUGGGUUAUACAAGACGGGGGUGAUGAACUAAUCAUACCGGAGACCAAUUGGAUGCCUACUCAUAACCACGCUUCAUCAUCAAGUGGGCAAGCAAGGGAACAUACAUUUAUGGCUGAUGCAAGAGGGGGAAAAGCUGAGGGCGGUGGACAGUGUCAAUGGACACCAACAAUGUCCUCUUUCAUGCUCACUUACCUAGCCAACAUUGUGGCUAAUGGUACUAGAACAUCAUCUGGCUUCAAAAAAGUUCAUCUCAACUCUUGUGCUAAGGCUUUGAAUGAACAUUUCAAGCUGAAUAGGUCUGCGGAUCAGAUUGCUAAUCAUCUUAAGACAUGGAAAAGGAAGUAUAAUAAGAUCAACCAACUUAGAAAGUUGAGUGCUGCCCUUUGGGAUGAAGAUAAUUUCAUCAUUUCUCUUGAUCAUGAGCACUAUGCAGACUAUGUUAAGGAUCACAAAACUGAUGAUGAAUUUUUAAACAAACCUCUUAAGUACUAUGGUGAGAUGGUUACUAUCUUUGGUAACAGUGUGGCUACGGAAAAGUAUGCAAAAGGAUCAAAUGAGCCUCUAGCUACUGAAGGGGAUGACAAUGAAGAUCAUGAUGAGGGUGACAAUGGUGCUACAGCAAUGGCUGAUGACAAUGGGGCAACAUCUUCGGCCACCAAACCCAACAAGAGAGCUAGGAUUGUCGAAAAUGAAGAUGAGGGGUUGAUUCGAGCAUUCAAAUCUGUUGGUGAAAGACUUGCCACUGCUAUAGAGAAGGCUGCUACUGCGGAUAAGGAUGUGCCAAGUGAUUUGUUUGAUAACGUGAACAGCCUUCCAGGUUUUGAUGACACACACAAGUCUUUUUACUAUGCUCAUUUGAUUGAAAAGCCUCAUAUUGCUAGAGCCUUCAACACGCUUCCAUUCGACUACAAGUUAGCUUGGCUUGCCAAGUUCGUUAGUGACAACUUUCCUGAAAGCUAA